AAUAAACUACGCUUACAGAGUGGAAUAGUCAGAUAUUGAAAACUUUAGAAUUCCAGCUCAACCUAUAAGUUAUGGAGAUGCCCUUCCAAUAUUGAGAGAAAUGGCCGGGGAAGAGGUCCCGCCUGAUUGGAGAGGAGCCCUUCCUAUAACGUAUAGAUUAGGACCAGGAUUCAGAAAUUCUAGUCUGAGAAUUCGUGUAGAGGUCAAUAACUUUGAAGAGAGAAGAAUAGUUGAAAAUGUUAUUGGCUACAUCAAAGGCGCAAAAGAACCAGACAGAUAUAUUUUACUCGGUAACCAUCACGAUGCGUGGGUGUUUGGUGCCAUUGAUCCACUCUCAGGGACUGCCGUUAUGACGGAACUUAUACGGGUAUUCGGAGAGAUGCUAAAAUCUGGUACUCGACCUGACCGCACCAUUGUGUUCUGUGCCUGGGGAGCGGAGGAACAUGGCUUAAUAGGAUCCAAUGAGUGGGUUGAGGAGUACAUGAAAGUGCUAUAUGAGCGAGCUGUUGCUUACCUGAAUGUUGACUACGCAGUAGAUUACAACUAUGUCUUGACUGCUGGAACCAGUCCACUUCUGCAGGAUUCUCUAUAUGAAGCUACUAAAAUGGUUCCUAAUCCAGACACUAGUAGUCGCGAUAAAACUGUGUAUGAUGCCUGGAAAAUAAGAGACGGUUCAGAUGAUGUGGAACCAAGCGUUUAUUAUUCCCUGGGCUCUGGUAGUGACAUGGCUACAUUUUAUCAAAGAGCAGGAGUACCAUGCAUAGACAUGUGGUUUACUUACGAUUCGAAAAAAUGGGAUAUCCUUUCGUAUCCAGUAUACCACUCUGCAUAUGAAACAGUUUAUUUAUAUGAGAAGUUUAUUGAUCCAAAUUACGCAUACUCGAAAUCAAUGGCUGAAUUGUGGGGCAUCCUAGCAUGGUAAGAAUGAAAAUUAAAAAUUAAACUCU